AUGAAGGUACGUUUAGACAGCUCUCACCGCCAGAUCGCCGUAGAAGGGUGCUUGCAUGGAGAGUUGGAUGCCAUCUACAGGGAUAUUCUUGAGAAUGAGCGUGAAACGGGCGAACAGGUCGACCUCGUCCUGUUGUGUGGAGAUAUCCAGGCCCUUCGCAGCGAGGCCGACCUUCCUAGCUUGGCCGUGCCUGAAAAGUACAAGAGACUAGGCGACUUUCCUUCCUACUAUUCCGGGGAGAAAACAGCACCGAUCCUUACGCUUGUGAUUGGUGGAAACCAUGAGGCAAGCAAUUACAUGUGGGAACUGUACUAUGGAGGAUGGAUUGCCCCGAAUAUAUACUACAUGGGAUCGUCAGGAUGCGUUGAAGUCAAUGGACUGGUCAUUGCUGCUGCAUCAGGUAUCUACAAGAGCCAUGACUACAUGCGUGGGCGCUUUGAACGCCAGCCCUAUUCCAUGAGCGACCUUCGAAGCAUGUACCACACACGGGCUUUUGACAUUGCAAAAUUGAGUCUACUCUCUAGUCCAGAUAUCUUCAUGUCGCAUGAUUGGCCGAAUGGCGUUGAGCAGUGGGGUGAUGUACAGGAGCUUAUCCGCAAAAAGCCCUUCUUCCGCGAAGAAAUUUUGUCUUCUUCUCUAGGCUCACCACCACUACAGACCCUCUUGUAUGAGCUGCAACCUAGGUACUGGUUUUCGGCGCAUCUUCAUGUCCGUUUCGCAGCACACGUAAUGCACGGACAUGCCCCAUCUGGGACAAGUCUCGCGGGCACCUCGAAUCCCGAAGCGCUGGAUAUAAACGAUGUCGACGACGAAAACGACUCUGACGGUAUAGCGGAAGACACCGAUGUGCCUUCACGCACGACAGAGUUUCUGGCGCUCAGUAAAUGUACGCCUCGGGGCGACUAUCUUCAUUUCUUUCACUUGGACGCACCUGAGGCAGCCCCACCGAGUAAAAUUGGCGAGCGGUCUCAGGUCACAUUUCGGUUUCACGAACCAUGGUUGGCUAUCACCAAAGCCAUGGACCCCUAUUUCUCACUGCAAAGAUACCAGCAACCCAUACCGCCAAUCCAGGACAAAGGUCUCCGUGAUAGUCUGACCAGGGAAGAGAAGUCCUUAGCAACACGAUGGGCAAGCGCCGGGAAACACGCUUUGGAUAUACGCCAGGUGCAGUCUUUCUCACGAACAGCUCCGUUAAACGACUCGACCCCUGCCAUCUACCGGAACCCGCAGACAGCGGCGUUCUGUGAAUGGCUUGGGAUUCCUAACAGAAUUAAUAUUCAAUCCAUGCCAGAAAUGACCCCUAUGAAUACCGACCUAAACGACCCAUGCUCCCCAAGUAAUGAGGUGGCCAGAAUACGCCAAGCGGCUUUCGAUCGUAAGCGUAAACGUGCACAGGGGCCUGCGCAGCCGGCACGCAACACUGAGCGAGUGAGCAAAUAA